AUGAGCCUCCAGACCCCACCCAGACUCCUGGAACUGGCAGGGCAGAGCCUGUUGGAGAAGGAGGCCAUGGUCAUCUCUGCUCUGAAGGAGCUGCCUGUGGAGCUCUUUCCACCUCUGUUCAUGGAGGCAUUUACCAGGAGACGCAGUGAGACACUGAAGGCAAUGGUGCAGGCCUGGCCCUUUCCCAGGCUUCCUCUGGGCUCCCUGAUGAAGACACCUCAACUGGAGAUCUUAAAAGCUGUGCUGGAUGGGCUUGAUGGGCUGCUUUCCCAGAAUAUUCACUCCAGGAGGUGGAAACUGCAAGUGCUGGAUUUACGGAAUGUUGAUCAGAACUUCUGGAGUGUAUGGUCAGGAGCCACUGUGUGCUCCCCAAAGGCCAUGAGCAGGAGAAAACCAGUGGAGGAUUGUCCGGGGAGAGGAAGGCAGCAGCCACUGAAGGUGUUCAUAGACCUGCAUCUCAAGGAAAGAACCUUAGAUGAAUUCUUUAUCUUCCUCUUUCUGUGGGCCAAGCUGAGAAAAGGUUUACUACACAUAUGCUGUAAGAACCUGAAGAUCUUUGCAAUGUCCAUCAAAAAUAUCAGAAAGGCCCUAAAACUGGUUGAUCUGGAUUGUAUCCAGGAGGUAGAAGUGAAUUACACCUGGACACUGUCCACCCUGGCACGGUUUGCUCCUUACCUGGGUCAGAUGCGUAAUCUCCACAAAUUUGCCCUCUCCCACAUCUAUGUUUCUCCCUAUAUUUCCCCAGAAAAGAAGGAGGAGUUUGUUGCCCAAUUCACCUCUAAGUUUCUCAAGCUGGAUCACCUCCAGAAGCUCGACAUGGACUCUGUCCCCUUUCUUGAAGGUCACCUGGACCAGCUACUCAGGUGA